AGUUCAUACGUAAAGUGGCUAACUCAUCAGUAAAUUAUAACUGAAGCACCCUGCUCUAGGUGUUGGAUAGAUUUCAAGCUUUUGAGUAUCAAAUUGAGGGGCCUCUAAGCAUUUCCUUCUAAAGUGGUCGAAAUUCCCGCAAUGAUAUAAAUGUUACUUGUAUUGGGUAGUGAUUUACGUUGACUUGAUGUUUGUUUUUGGAUUAUAAAAUGUGAGCAAAAAUGACGUUGGAUGAUGUGACAAGAUUUUGGAGAGAAGAAAAAGAAGAUGGGGCGAUUUACAAUGUUUAUCUGAAGAAAGUGACAUACCACACAAUCUCUGAUUUGGACCAUUCCAAGGGCCAUUUGAUGUGGGAGACCCAAAAGAUCAGAGUCAUCAAAGCUGGUACUCUAGAAAAACUUGUUGAAAGUUUGGUCACAGUUAAGGGGGAGCUUGACUCAACAUAUGUCAACAUCUUCCUUGCCACCUACAGGACCUUUGCUACCCCUAAGCAGGUUCUGGAAAUUCUUAUCAAAAGAUAUAAAUGGCUAGAAAAGGACAGCAGUGAACACAAGGAGAGAAAAGAAAACAAUGAAAACCAACAAAAGACGUUCAAGAAUGUGAUAUCAGUGUGGAUGGAUACGUACCCUGAUGAUUUCCGAGAUCACCCAGACUAUACAUGUCUUACAGUAUUAGAGUCAUUCUCGCAUCAAUAUAUACCUGACAGUGACCUUGAACUGAGAGCUCGGCACAAAAUAGAAAAAUUUCAAAGAGAGGCUGUGUCCAAAUCAGAUGGAGGCAUAAAGUUUCAGUUCUCCAUUGUGGAUGAAGUUGAUCACAUGAUUGAUGCCGAGUACCAGAAGCCAUUAGAAUUUCUAGACAUACCCAAUCAACGACUGGCUGAGCAACUCACAUACAAAGACGCGGAAUUAUUUAAAAGGGUCAUACCCCAUCAUUGUCUGGGGGCUGUGUGGGCAAGGAGGGACAGGAAGCUGGGUAAAGGUGGAACGAUAGCCCCCAGUGUAUUGGCCACCAUUGAACAGUUCAACAGGGUGUCAUUACGGGUAAUAGCCACCAUCCUGAGAACCAGGGACCUCAAGUCCUCACAGAGGGCAAAAAUCCUCCAGAAAUGGAUUGAUAUUGCCCAGGAGUUAAGACAGCAGAAAAACUUUUCCUCUUUGAAAGCCAUUAUAUCUGGACUCCAGUCUCAUUCUGUGUAUCGACUGAAAAGAACUUGGGCCUCACUUCCUAAAGAAAGCAUAGAUUUAUUUCAAGAGUUGGCAGACAUCUUUAGCAACGACAAUAACCAGAUUUUAUCUCGAGAAUUACUCAUGAAAGAGGCCACGGCUAAGUUUCCUGAUCUCGAUUCCAACAAUAAGAUACUGCGGAGACGCAAUCUACAAAAACGCAGGUCCUGGAUAGAAAACGGAAUAGUACAAGGUACUGUCCCAUACCUAGGGACCUUCCUGACAGAUCUUACCAUGAUAGACACAGCUAUUCCGGACCGCACAGAGUGUGGACUGAUAAACUUUGAAAAGCGGAGGAAAGAGUUCGAGGUGCUAGCUCAGAUCAAACUUCUACAAUCAGCGGCCCAGAUUUAUAACUUUCAGGAAAACACACAAAUUUGGUCCUGGUUUGAUUCUGUGCGGGUGUAUGAUGAAAGUGAAUGCCAUGACAUGUCUUGUUUGAUUGAACCCGUCAAAGAAGGUCCUGGUCGUUUAAAGAAGAAAUCAGCAAGUUAUUCAAGUUUGCUCAAAGUUGUCAAAUAUGGUGAUAAUUUGGGUACCCGCCCGCCUCGUCAUGAGGGCAGUAAGCUAUCCCUGUUGAGUUGUGGUCUGGAUAAUUCCAGUGUCUGUAGUUCUAACCUAGAUUCACCUGCCUCUCCCUCACAAGGGAUGUCCCACUCCUCCUCCACUUCCUCCCUUCUGUCAUGUGACAGUGACACAACCGUGUCGUCACCAUUCCGAUCUUCUGACACCUGUGUCAUUAAAGUCCGCUUCGAGUCGGGACCUGAAUCAGAUACUCAUGUCUACAAAAGUAUAAUGUUAAAGAAUGCAGAUCACACACACACUGUGAUAGAUAAAGUAUUGGACAAAUACUCUAAAAAAGGUCCGUCCAGUAAUUACUGUCUUCUGCAAGUCCUGUCUGAUGGAGAAUUAUUAAUUCCAGAAAAAGUGAAUGUGUUUUAUGCCAUGAACAAUAGUGGUGGUUCUGAACCGGUGUUUGUAGUGAGAACCAAACAGGACCACGAGGCUCGCAUACAGCACAGGAAGCGAGGCCGGCGGAAACUCAAAAACUGGAGUCUCUAAUUCGUUCAUACUUUGUCUAUUGAGGAAGCAGGUGUAAUUUUGGUGCAAUCAUGCUCUGGUUUCACAGUUCAUUAUCUGCAGCUAUUUUUUUUGUGUGCAAUAUAUGGUGUAGCAGUAAUUGAUCAAUAUAAUUAUGUCAUAUCUACGGUACAAUACUGGAAAGUGAGUAAAAUCACACAGGUUUGAAAUCUUUGGAAAAAAGAAAGAGGAAAAAGUUUGCAAGCUGCUUCAGCAUUGCAACAUUAUGUGCAAUAUUAAUGAACAAUGGCUGCCAUGCACAUGAAGAAUGUCAGUGUUCAAGAAUUCCCAUUUCUGUCUCUCUUGUCAUUGUAACUAAUACAUUCAUUGUUAACUCCUCGCAAAAGCUUAUAAUUUUUUUGAAAAAUUUCAUGAUGUCUUUUGUAUAGGUUACAAGAUGGUACCUUUUGCAGCAUAUCUAUGCAGGUGUAGAUUUCAUCAUCAGUUUAUAUGUUGUGAAAUUUAACUUGUGUGUUGUUUAUCAUAUCUUAAUUC